AUGGCAUCCCUUGGAAAAGGGGAAGAAGCUAGCUGCUGCGGUGGUAGUGCUGUCUGUCUCACGGGAGGGGCCGAGGCUGGAAUAUCCGAAGGAGCCGUAGUAGGGAACAACAGGGUCUAUCCUCUCCGCCUUCCAAGCACAGAAGAAGAGGAUAGAGCAGCUAAACUUUACUUAAUAGUAUGUUUUGCCCUCUCUUGGAUUUCAGCUAACCGGCUAAUCGAGAGCUCCUCCUACUUCCGCGCGCUCCUCGGCGGCAGCUUCAGUGAAUCCGGCCGAGAGCAUGUGAACGUGGGCUGCGAUUUGGAGGCUGCCGUGCAAGUGCUGCGCUACCUGUUUGAGCCUUCCGAGAGCUUCAACAUCACGCACAACAAUUUCCUCCCGCUGUUGGAGGGAGCUUUGUUUCUUGCUGUUGAGAGCCUUCUAGUGGAGUGUGAAAGAUGGUUCAGCACCAUAGCCUCUCAAACUUCCGCCAUUUUUUCAGUUCCAUUAGAUUUCAUAAUUGAAGUCUGGGACUUUGCUCAAGAGCAUGGUGUUACUUUUGUUCAAGAAAUUUGCCGAGAAUAUCUAGCUCAGAAUUUUGCACAUGUUAUCUCAAGAAGGUCAUUUAAUAAAAUACCUUAUGAUUUGCUAUGUUCAACGAUCGAAUGUCCACAUCUGACGGUGGAUAGUGAAAAGCAAUUGUGUGAAGCAAUUUUGUAUUGGGUUUCAGAAAAUAUGAAAACCUGUGAACAAUCAUACCCCAACUCUGUAGAUGGCCACCUCUUCCUUCUUAGCAAGGUGAAGAUAUGCCUUUUACCGUUGGGAUUUGCGGCAGGGACAAAGAGGCAUUGGUUUGACUUUGGAAACAACAUCGUCUGCACAAUUCUUGAUCUUCUCAAGGACAGUUUGAAAACUUUAUUGGAUGCUAUUGCUGAUGGUAACUUGGAGAGAUAUUGCAUUCGAAUAACAGAAUAUUCGAAGAACAUAGUGCUUUCAGGAUGUCCCCAAGUAACUACAGCAUUCUUGUACAUAUCUGUUCUCCCUACUGAUCUGGAUGUUUCAUUUAAGAGAAGGAUACUGUCCAUAUUGUUAUUACCUUACCUGCAAGCUAGUAACUUCAUUGUUUGCGCGUGUGCAGAUGUGGGCUUGCUGGAGAUAUCUGUUUUGAAAAAUUCUCUGUGCUAUAUAAACAUUAGAAACUGCUUCCUGUUAACAGAUGAUGGUAUUUCUAACCUUCUGAUGAAGUGUACAAAGAUCCAUUCAAUGGUUCUUUCUUACACUUCUUUUGGAAAUCGAUCAAUUCAAACACUAUGCGCUACCAAUCCUUCUGGCCACAACAGUGUACAUGCUCAUGUUAUGGCAUUUUAUAUGCAAGAAUUACAUCUGGAUGGCUGCAAAGGUAUUGACUCUGCUGCUUUGUCGCAGCUAAUGAGCAUUAUAAGCAUCACAAAGUUUCUGAGCUUAAGGGAAACAUCACUUACAGAUGGUGCACUCUGCAAGUUUGUUGGCUCUAGUCUCGAGUAUCUUGACGUUUCAGAGACUGUGAUUUCUAUGGUAUCAUUAGCUCCAGUUAUACGAAGAAAUUGUAAAUUGAACUGUCUGAAAACAGCUGGAUGCCGUAGUCUUCUGUUGGAAUGUGAUAAUGUAGAAAAUAUCAGUGGUAACAAGUACGGAGAUUUUCUACAGGAGGUAGGAACUACCUGCUGUUUGGAGGAUGUUGAAAUGGGUUGGGGAUUUUGCCCUAUUCGAAUUGAAGAUCUUGCUCCUUCUUUUAGUAAAGUAAGGAAGAUGACAAUUGGUCUUGGCACAGCAUUAGCUGAGAAUGUCAUGUGUGCUCUUCCUAUGAUUUGCCCAUUCCUCGAGUCUUUGAUUCUGAGGUUUCAGGUGAUAUCUGACAGAGUUGUUAGAAAUCUAUUGGAAUCAGCAGUAAAUCUUCAUGUGCUUUGCCUGCACUAUUGUCUUGGCAGUUUAACUUCAUUUAGUUUCCAGACAAAAGCACCUGCAUUAAGAGUAUUGCAGCUUCAUUGGGUUACUCCAUGGCUUACAAAUGAUGACUUGACAAUCCUAACAGAGAAUUGCAAUUUAGCUGAACUUUCACUGUCCGGUUGCAAACACCUUGACUCCAACUCUCAAGACAUUAUCUCAUCUGGGUGGCCAAACUUGGCACUUUUACACCUUGAGGAAUGUGGUAAAAUAACAGUUGAAGGGUUUCUUCUUUUCUCAGUUGUAAAGCUUUGGAAGACAUCCUACUACGGCACACGUUACCACUACUGCGGAAGCUGGCUUUGGAUCUAUGCGAUGCCUGUGAAGAAGAAUGCGGAAGGAAAGAUGAUUAGAAGUGUAAGGAUGAGUCGAUGCAAGACAAUGAAGGGGUCCUGUUUGGAGGUCGCGAGACAAGGGUCUUCAAGGCCGGUGCACAAGGACACCGUAGUGCUGGAAUGGAGUAGCAGAAGGCUCACAACCACCAUAGUGAAAGAAAGAGUGUGA